ACAUGUCAUUUUAUAGAUAAGAGAGGUGUGUGUGUAAAGAAAAUUUCAUUGAGUGGAAGAAAAAUGAUUAGAAUCACGUUUAUUGAAUUUUCUCUGAUAGUUUUACUUAUUCCUCUAAAAUUGCUAACAUGUGAGGAGAUUUUGGGUUGUGGUGGCUUUAUAAAAAGUCAUGCUUCGAUAGAUUUUUCCAAAGUGGAGAUAAAAUUGUUUACUAAACAAGGAAGUCUCAAGGAUAAGACUGAUUGCUCACCAUCGAAUGGAUACUAUUUCUUGCCACUGUAUGACAAGGGCGAGUACAUCCUCAAGAUAUCACCCCCACCUGGAUGGAGUUUUGAACCGGAAGAAGUUAAAUUGGAUUUUAAUGGUGAAACGGACAUUUGCAGCCAGGGGCGUGAUGUUAAUUUUGCAUUCAGGGGCUUUGGUAUCAGUGGACGCAUUGCAAUUCUCGGGCAACCACAUUUGGGAGCACAGGGUGUACACGUUGAACUGCACGACUCCUCCAACAGUAAGGCCGAUGUUCGUUUAACGACAACUGAUUCAUCGGGAAGCUUCUUCUUUACACCCGUAAUCCCGGGCUUGUACAAAAUUCGGGUACAUCAUGAUAAAUGGUAUUUUGAGAAGACUGAAAUAGCCGUGGAGGUAAAUACAGGUAAUACCGAAUUACCUGAAAAUUCCCUCCAAGUAUCGGGUUUCGAUAUUAUGGGCACCGUCCUAAGUGAUGGACAAUCAUUUGGUAAUAUUGCCAUUGCCCUUCUCCCUGAGAAAGGUAUGAAGCAUAGUCCAAAGUGCAUAAGUUCCCAAUACACGAGCACCAUUAGUAGUGAACGUGGUUACUCGGAAAUGCCACUAUGUGUGAGCAUGAGUGACAACGAGACGGGUUCUUUUACAUUUAGCGGUGUUAAUCCUGGGAAAUAUCUUGUGAAACCAUUCUUCCCUCAAUCCGACGUUAUUUACAACAUUGAACCCGACGCCAUUGAGGUGACCGUUGAAAAGGACACCGUUGAACUGAGGCGGCAUUUCGAAGUUAAAGGAUUCAGUGUAACUGGAAGAAUACUCACCAAUGCAAUUAAUGGUAAAGGUGUUAAGAAUGCCAUGGUUAAGCUCAAUGGGCUCGAUGUUGCUCUCACGCAAGACGAUGGAUCGUAUAAAUUUGAAAAUAUAAAAUCGGGGACAUUCACAAUUCAAGUAACUGCAGAAAAUGUUCAGUUUACUGAUCAAAAUGUUGAGAUUGCUGCUGGUAAUCCCAGAAUCCCAGAUAUCAUUGUCUCAGAGUUCAAAGUAUGCGGGCAGGUGGUAUCAAGUGUUAGUCAUCGUGUUGUCAUCAAGGAUUUACAGGAGAUCUUUCAUGUGGAUUUAGAGACACCAGCUGGUGGUUCUGGGGGGUGGUGCACAUACCUACCCAAUGGCAAGUACACCGUUCAGGUGUUGCUGUCUGAUGAGGAAAAAAUGGCAGGAAUACAAUUUAUUCCCAAAAUACAAAAUAUCAAUGUUAACUCCUCACCUCUAUCUGGAAUUGUUUUUCGACAACUCCGUGCCACUGUUGUGGGUGAUGUUAAGUGCCUACCAGAUGCUAAAGAUAGUAGCGGAUGCAAGGACAUCACAAUUAAUCUCAAUUCCCUCGAUAUGAGUGGCAAUGAUAAUGGGCAGUACAUUAGUGCUGUGCUCAAAAAUGGCAAAUACACCUUCACCGAUGUUAUGCCGGGAAAAUAUGAAGCAAGUGUCCAAGAUACAUCACUAUGCUGGGAAACAUCCCGGUAUGCCUUUGUGGUGCAAUCUGCCACCGAAACCAUCCCAACAUUCAUUCAUAGUGGCUUCAAAGUAACCAUAAUCGCAAGUCAUGUGGUUAAGAUGAAGUAUCGUUGGGAGAAAGCACCAGCAAAUGCCACAGAGCUAGUUGAGAAGGAUCUACAGAUUGGGCUGAAUUUCUUCUGUGUCCCCAAGGAGGGGGUGUAUAAUGUUGAAUUUGAUUGGAAUCACCAGUAUGAUCCGAAAGAGAUUCCCAAAACUUUCUCAACAGGUGCAACAACACCCUAUUUCGUGACCUUCUCGAAGCAUCGCAGUAUAUUUGGACGGAUUGAGCCACCCGUUGAGGGAGCUCGUGUUAAAUUACAUUUCCCAGGGAAUUCAGAAAUGGCUGAUGUUGAAACAGAGAGCAACAACCGGGGAGAGUUUAAAUUUACAAAUGUUGAUGCAUCGGUGGAAAUUGAAAUAACGGCCACGAAGGAAUCAUACGAAUUUACAGCCUUCAACAGGAAUACAAAUACAAUCAAUGCGAAGAAAUUGUGCGAAAUUGUGGCAACAGUUCGUGAUGAUGCUGGAAAUCUCCUAUCGGGCGUUCUCCUAUCACUAUCUGGUGGAGAGAGUUAUCGGAAAAAUCUUGUCACGGGAGAUGAUGGUGUGAUAAAGUUCCAUUCUCUCUCACCGAGUGAAUAUUUUUUGCGGCCCAUGAUGAAGGAGUACAAAUUCGAUCCUGCCUCGAAGAUUAUUGAUGUCCAAGAAGGAUCAACUACGUUUGUUGAUCUCACCGGACGACGUAUAUCCUUCUCAAUUUUCGGCAUUGUUACCACACUCAACGGGGAACCCUUCCCGAAUGUUCUCGUUGAAGCCUUUGCCCAAGCACCAUGCCCAAAUCAUCAAGAGGAGACAAAUUCAGAGGCAAAUGGACAUUUUAGAAUUCGUGGAUUACAACCUGGAUGUACGUAUGAUGUCCAGGUGAAGAAGGGAGGGGGAGCAGGAGGAAAUAUUCAAGUUGAUCGAACAAUUCCUGCAAAGCAUAAAAUUGAAAUGAAGAAUGCCGAUGUAAAAGAUGCAUCAAUCAUUGCAAUUAGUCCUCUUGAAUUUAUAGACGUUACAGCGCGUGUAAUGGCAUCAAACAAUAAUCACUACAAAUCCCUAAAGAUUUCCCUCUUCAAGAAAGGCAAUAUGGACAAACCCGUGUACUCGCAACGCAUUGAUAGUCCCCUUAAUCCCAAAAGUAACAUUAAUCCAGGUAUAAUGGUCUUCUUCCCACGCAUACCAUUCGACGGGAAAAGCACCUACAUCGUGGAUCUAAAGACGAGUCUUUCAGAGAAGAAUUUCAAAUUUAAUCAACCAGUUGCGCAAUUUAUCGCCAAUGAGAGUACAAUUUUCAUUGAAUUAAAUUUCAAUGCUGACGUCCGAACAACCGAUGGGGAUCUCAAUCCAAAUUCAAUUGUAGCCCUUGUACUCAUCCUACUCAUUGGCUUUGGCUUCCUAAAGCAAGAUUUGGUAAUUGAAUUGGGAAGAAUUCUGUGGAAUAAAUUGAAUACCAUCAUACAGGAGGCAAUUGAUAGAAGACGCAAAAAUGAAAUAAGUAAAUUUGAUGAAAACUUCGAUGAGAAAGAACUCGAGAGGCUGGCAAAAUCAAUUAAUUCUGUUAAAAAGAAGAAAAUUAAGAAAAUUAAUUAACUGCAUGGUUGCAGUUUGGAAAAAAAUGUAAGAAAGACAUUUUUAAUAUAUUAAAAAAAAAAAGAUUUUGAAAGUGAA